AUGGCCUUCAGCACCCAGAGAGCCUCUACAUCUCGUACUUCAGCUGAAUCGGCUCCCCCACAUUGGAAGCAUGAUGUGUUUUUGAGUUUCAGGGGAGAGGACACUCGCAGGGGUUUUAUAUCUCAUUUAUACCACGAACUGCAGUACUGGCAAGCAAUAAAAACUUUCAAGGACGACCGAGACCUUGAAAUAGGAGCAAGUAUUUCUCUGGAGCUGUUGACCGCAAUCGGACAAUCACAUCUUGCCAUCAUUAUUCUCUCCCCAAAUUACGCUUCUUCCACCUGGUGCUUGGAUGAACUUUCAAAGAUUCUUGAAUGCAUGAAAGACAGCAAGAGAAUUAUACCAAUAUUUUUUAAGGUUGAUCCUUCCGAUGUGCGAAAUCAAAGGGGGAGUUUUACGGAAGCGUUCACGAAGCAUGAAGAAAAGUUCAGUGAAGAUGUAGACAAGGUGAAGCGGUGGAGAGAUGCUUUAAAAGAAGUUGCCAAUCUCUCUGGGUUGGAUUCAAAGAAUUAUCAGUAUGUAUGCAUGCAUGAAACAGAGCUUAUCAAAGUCGUUGUCAAACGUGUGUGGACCAAAGUUACUCCAUAUAGGUUGUUAGAUUCUCAAGAGAAGUUAGUCGGAAUUGAUUUUGCCCUUGAGAAACUACGUUUACAAUUAGACCUCGAGGCAAAUGACGUUCGCUUUAUAGGGAUAUGGGGGAUGGGUGGGUUAGGCAAAACAACCCUUGCUAACCUAGUUUUUGAAAGAAUUUCCCAUAAUUUUGAACUGAGCUCGUUUCUAUCUAAUGUGAGAGAGGUUUCUGCAAAACAUGGUACUCUAGUUGAUCUACAAAAACAACUUCUUUCCCCAAUCUUAAAGGAAAAUAUUAUCCAAGUUACAGAUGAACGGUCAGGAAUCUCUUUCACUAGAAAAUGUUUAUGCAAUAAAAAGGUACUUAUCGUCCUUGAUGAUGUGGAUCAAUUGAAACAACUCGAAACACUGGUUGGAGAUAAAAAUUGGUUUCGUUUGGGGAGUAGAAUUGUCAUCACAACUAGAAAUGAACGUCUACUAGUUGAACAUGGUAUAUCGAUACCAUAUGAGGUCAAGGUAUUAAAUGAUGAUGAAGCUCUUGAGCUGUUCAGUGAAAAGGCCUUCAAGAAAAGUCAGCCUCAGGAAGGUUUCUUGGAAUUAUCUAAGCGUUUCCUACAAUAUGCCAAAGGUCUUCCAUUAGCUCUUAAAACUUUGGGGAGUUCUUUGUAUAGGAGAGAUCAAUGUACAUGGAAAAGUGCGUUGAAUAAUCUAGAGAAAAUUCCUAAUCCAACAAUUUUUCACUCACUCAAAGUAAGUUAUGAUGGACUAGAAGAGAUAGAAAAGAAAUUUUUUCUCGAUGUUGCAUGUUUCCAUAAAGGGAAGCAUAAAGAGCAUGUAAUUGAAAUACUUGACAAGAUCCAUGACAUUUCCAGUCUCUUUGUGAUAGAUAUUCUUAUUGAGAAGUCUCUCUUUACUAUAAAAAACAACCUUUCUGACAACAGGGUUGAGAUGCAUGAUCUCGUACAAGAAAUGGCAUGGGAAAUUGUUCGUCAAGAGUCUAUCCAAGAGCCUGGUCAACGCAGUCGUUUGUGGCUUCGCGAUGAUAUCUCUCAUGUAAUCAUGAACAAUACGGGAACCGGAGCAAUUGAAGCCAUUGGCUUGCGUUUGCCGAAAUUAGAAGAGGUGAAUUGGAAUUGUACUGAAGCCUUCCUUAAGAUGCACAGAUUAAGGCUUCUUCAGUUUGAUAAUGUGAUCGUUUCUUCAGCCCCCAAAGAUCUUCCAAAUUCCUUAAGAACUAUCAGGUGGAAUUGGUACCCUUCUAAAUCACUCCCAUCAAGUUUUGAACCACGUUUCCUUGUUGAACUAGAGAUGCGUCGUAGCAAACUUUUACAGCUUUGGGAUGGAGCAAAGGUCUUGCCAAACUUGAAAUGUAUGGACCUUAGUUACUCUGAUCAAUUGACAAGUACCCCAGAUUUCACAGGCGUUCCAAAUCUUGAGAUUUUGCGGCUACGAUAUUGUAAGAAUUUAGUUGAGGUUCACUGGUCUUUUGCAGUUCUCAAAAAGCUAAAAUAUUUGAUACUUGAGGGAUGUGGAAGUAUUAAGAGUCUCCCAAGUGUGGUGGAAAUGGAUUCUCUUGAAUGGUUUAGUCUCUUUGGCUGCUCAACAGUGAAAAACAUUCGAAGAUUUGUGGAACAGCUGAAUAAUUUGUCCCAUCUUUGUUUAUAUGGGAUUGCUAUUGAGCAGAUACCUCCAUCAAUUGGACGCCUUGUCGGCCUUAAAGAGCUGGAUUUGAGAAACUGCACCAAAAUUAACAAAAUGCUGUUAUCUUCUCUAAAAUGUUUCACGUCCUUGGAAACUUUAGACUUGAGUAGUUGUAAUAUUGAUGAAGGAGCCAUCCUUGCUGAUAUUGGCUGCUUGUCUUCCUUACAAACCUUGAUGCUUUGUGGAAACGAUUUCGUUAGCCUUCCCUCAAGCAUUAGAUUCCUUUCCAAGCUUGAUUUUCUUGGAUUGAUAGGGUGCGAAAGGCUUGAGCGAUUGCCAGAUCUUCCUCCAAAUAUAGAAAUGGUAGAUGUAGACGAUUGUAUAUCCUUAAAAAGGUUGCCGGAUCCAUCAAGGCCAGGACCCAAUUUGUAUGAUUUUAGGUUUACUUGUCUUAAUUGCUUCAAAUUGGUUGAAGAGGAAGACUGGAUUAAUGCAAUAUUUGAAAUGAUAAGGACAGCAGCCAUUGAGGGAAUGCUCUUAAAAAAUAAUGGUAAUUCUUUUGCUCCAGUGAGCUGUAUUGUAUGCCCUGUAUGUGAAAUUCUAGAGUGGUUUGGUAAUCCAAGUGUGGGAGACUCAAUAACUGUGGAGCUGCCUCUCCCUCCACACCCGUCAAAUAGCAGCGACUGGGUUGGGAUUGCUUUAUGUGUUGUUUUUGAUGAUUCUGAAUAUUUUGAUAGUCCUGCAUCCCUUCUUGGAUAUGAGUAUUUCAAAAUUGAAGUUCGAUCAUCUCAGAGAUAUUUGAAUGACCCUCAAUUCUUUCUUACUGAGAUGAUUUUGUCAGAACACCUUUGGGUUUUUUAUUUGCCUCGCAAUCAUCCAAGCCUCACGGAUGCCUCAACCAGUCAUCGGUUUUCGUUCGAAACGCAUUAUUCUUCAAUUACAGGUUUGGAAGAACUUAAAACAAGCUCUAUUAUAAAGGAAUGUAGGGCCCGUUUGGUGUACAAGAGAGAUUUGGAAGAAUUCAGCCGUUUGAUGUACGUUGACGAGGCAGGUCCAAUUGGUAGUAGUGGAAGUGAUAGCUCUGAUGAUGACUAUGAACGAGGAAUUGGGAGCUCUGAUGAUGAUGAUGAACGAGGAAUUGGUAGCUCUGAUGUGGAUGAUGAACCAGUCAGCAAAAGAUUGAAGAAAGUCUAA